AGAGAAGGAAGAGAUCGAGCAGGCAGGAACUUCCUUGAUAACCCCAUGAAAAUUCCCACUAUGAAGUUUCGACAUUGAUUUCCGUUACUAAAUCUGCCACUAAUUUUCCAAGGAAUUGUCCAGGUUAAAUUGGGUGUCAAAUGGGAGUUGAGGUGGAGCACUGAUGUCAAUGUUCUGGAUUGUGAUUCGUCAACUAGCAGAGACUGGAGAAGCAAUGGCUACGUCAAAGAAAGUUAUUACAAGGGAAGAGUGGGAAAAGAAGCUCAAUGAUGUACAAAUCAGGAAAGAAGACAUGAAUAAAUUGGUGAUGAAUUUUCUGGUCACUGAGGGUUAUGUUGAGGCUGCUGAAAAAUUCCGUAUGGAAUCUGGAACUGAACCAGAUAUAGAUCUUGCGACAAUCACUGACCGCAUGGCUGUUAAAAAUGCUGUACAGUGUGGAAAUGUUGAAGAUGCAAUCGAGAAAGUUAAUGAUUUAAAUCCUGAGAUACUGGAUACAAAUCCCCAACUCUUUUUCCAUCUGCAACAACAGAGGUUGAUAGAGUUAAUUCGGAAUGGCAAGGUAGAAGAAGCCUUGGAGUUUGCUCAGGAGGAACUGGCACCUAGGGGAGAAGAAAAUCAAAGCUUUUUAGAAGAGUUGGAGAGGACUGUUGCUCUUCUGGCUUUUGAAGAUGUCUCCAACUGUCCUGUUGGAGAGCUUCUAGACAUGUCACAGCGCCUUAAGACCGCAAGUGAGGUGAAUGCAGCCAUUCUUACGAGCCAGAGUCAUGAAAAAGACCCAAAGCUUCCAAGCUUGCUAAAGAUGCUGAUAUGGGCUCAGAAUCAACUCGAUGAAAAAGCUGCUUAUCCUCGCAUAAAUGAUUUGUCUAAUGCCACCCUUGAAGAUCCUGCAAUAUGAAAGUUACAUCCUGUGGAGAAAUCAGGUUCCUGACAUUGAACAGAGAGCCAAAUGGGAUGGAUUGAUCGUGCAUGUGUGCUCUUAUCACGGUGACUUUAGCUAGGAAUUCGUUGGAUGUCAUUUGUUAAGAUUUGAUUCCUGUCACAUUUUGUUCAUAGAAUUUAGCAGCAUUUGGUUGGUUUUAGUUUCUUCUUAGAAGAAUUCGAGUGGCCUCAAGCUAUUGUAUAAUUAUUUCUGUUUAUGCUGUUGGAAAUUCAAUUGACAACAGAAAAACCAAAAAAAAAAAAAAAAAAAAGGCUGAGAGAAGUAAAAUCUGUGCAUUUAUUGUUAUGUGUACUGCAACUCCCUUCAUUGAUUAUGUCCCAACUUAGCAAUUAAUUACUCAAGGUCCC